GCGCCCGCUUGGAAACAGCAGCGCGCCUGCCUCCGCUCCGGCCGGGGCAUCGGCUCAUGUGGCCAGCGUGGAAGCACCAGGCCCUGCCAAGGCUGCUCCAAAACCCACCGCCGACAAGGCCAAGUUGCAACGAAAGAUUUCCAGCGUCAUGAGAAGGAUUGAGCACGCGGAAGGUCUCUUGCAAGAGGCAGCGGAUGCCAUGAAUGACGAGUACAGCGAGGAGACGCUAGCAGCGUAUGAGGCGGCGAAUGCCAACGUCGAAGAGAUGUACGAGACUAUGCAGGCUUUGGAAGACCAGCUGGCCAUGUCUUAG